AUGGAUGGGAGAGUGCUAGUCUGAGUGAGGAAGAAGAUAAUGAAGAUGGAGAAUGGAUUGAUGUGCAUCACUCCUCAGAUGAGGAGCAGCAAGAAGUAGCAGAGAAGGUGAAAAGCAUGCCUAUAGAGGAAAGAAAAGCCAAAGCUGCAGCAGUCAGUACAAGCAGGCUGCUAACCCAAGAAGACUUCCACAAAAUACGCCUUGCCCAGCUCUCCAAAGAAAUUAAUUCUGCACCUGGCAAAGCUGCUAAGAGGAAAAUGAUUGAAAUAGAUGAUGAAGAGGAGAGCAGGGGAGAGCUGCUUUCACUCAGAGAUAUUGAACAUCUGCAUAAGAAGCCGAAAUCAGACAAGGAGACCAGGUUGGCAACUGCCAUGGCUGGAAAAACAGAUAGAAAAGAAUUUGUGAAAAAGAAAACAAGAAUUAACCCAUUUGCCAGCUCUUCCAAUAAAGAAAAGAAAAAGCACAAAAACUUCAUGAUGAUGAGAUACAGCCAUAGUGUCCGGACAAAAAAUAAGCGUUCCUUCAGGGAAAAACAG